AUACCACAUGGGUAAUUCCAAAAUCUUCAGAAGGACAAAACAAUAAUUUCCUUCAACCAUACGGUAGUAAAAUCCAUUUAUUAUGGCGCCAUGUCGCUUCCACUACUUCCUCUCAUUCUGAUUCUUUCUCUGUCGUAGUAGUAGUAGUAGUACGACUUUCACACCACAACAUUAUGAAAUUGAAACCCUUUUUGUCACAACAAACAUAUCCUCAACCUCCCCAAAAAAGUAGUUCAACUCUUUCUUAAAAUCAUCAAACGUUGUUAUUCUUGUUCUUGUUCUUUUUUAUUGUUAUGGCUGGUGGGUGGGUGAAAUCAUUGCAAUGCAAAUCCAAAGCAUUUGAAGAUGUUUACAACCCAAACACAAACACAAAAAACAGAAUACAAAGUGCAAGUUGUAGAAAAAGUGUUCAAGAUAUUAAAGAUGUUGUAGUUGAAACAACAAAACCUAAAUCCAAAAAACCGCUUCAAAAACAUCAUAGUUCAAGAUAUCCAACAGCAACAACCGAUUUUGAAACUACCAUAAACCGUUCUAGAAGCACAAACUCAACUACCCACCGGAAUAAUAUUCCGAUGCCGGUGCCAUCACCGGACCCACGUUUCUCUUCUUUAACGGAGCUUAAUGAAGGUCAUCCUUCAAGAAAUGUGGUGGAGAUAAUUUUUCACACUAGCUGGGGACCCAAACCGUUUUCGGGUCGGGUUGAAAUGAUUUUCAAGGUUCACAAUGGUUCAAGAACGGUGACUCGGUUUGAAGAGUAUCGCGAAACGGUGAAAACCCGACCCGGGUCGAGGAACCAUGAAGAGAAUGCUAGGUGUGUUGCUGAUGGGAAUGAAGUAAUGAGGUUUCAUUGUUUGGGACCCACUUCCGGUGGUGGUCCCUACGGUGGAGCUUGUGUGGGGUCGUUUCCAGGUGGGAAAGGUACAGCAGCGAUCUGCACGUUUUCCGGCAGCGGUGGAGCACAUGAGAGUUCUGGUGGUGGUAGAGGAAGAAGGGCUAUGUUGGUUUGUCGGGUCAUAGCGGGUAGGGUUUCCAAGCGGGUAGGGUUUGUGGAUUCGUUGUUGGAUGGACGAGUUGGGUUUGACUCGGUGAGUGGUGAUAAUGGUGAGUUGUUGGUCUUUGACUCGCGUGCUGUUUUGCCUUGUUUUCUUAUCAUUUAUAGGUUGUAAAAAUUAUUUGGAGUUUUUUUACUUUUAAUAAUCUUUGAUUUUAUAGCACUAGUUUUUUUAUUUAGGAAAAUACUUUUUCCUGAUUUAUUUUUAUUUGAGAUUUGGGAUGUAUGUAUGUAUGAAUGCUGCUGAUUGUUAAGUUGAUGUGUUUCCAAACAGCAUUUUUUCCUUGCAAUUUGCUGUUUAUCAACCAACCCAUUAU